AUGGAGACUAUGAAAAAGUACAAACUGUCAGACUGGAUGAAAACCCAAACGAAUAACUCAUUUUCAGAUGAAUCAGGCUGUAUCACAGAUGCAAUGGAUGAGGAACAAGAUAACUCACCUUAUGGUGGAGAUGUAGGAAUAACCUGUAAAUACAAUAAUUCUUCAGAUAAUUUUGAUUACUGUACUCGUACAAAAGAUAUUUCUGGCACUUUAAACUUAGCCUGUUCUGAAGAUAACAAAAGCAUAAAAGCAACAGCAAGAUAUGACACUCAUCCACAGCCUGAAGAAUUCUCCAGUCACUGUAGAGAUCCCAUAGGAACAACAAGAAUUUCAGUUGAAAUGCCUGGCAGUGAAGCUUCCUUUAAGGAGGAAUUACCUGUUGGUAGUUUUAGCAAACCAGGUAGCAAAGAACAUCUAACUAAUUCAAAAAUGUCUGAUGUCCUUUUGCGUCAUUUUUCUAAGGGAGAGUUAAUAAGUACAUGCCAGUUAAUUGAAUGUGAGACGAUACCAGAGGUAUCCUUUACUGAAAGUAUCAAUGACACUGUGAACAAACCUGAGCCUUCAGAACAUGUCAAAGGCCCUUUAGCACAUGAACAGUGGGCAACUAACUGUGAAGAAUAUCGGCUAGAAAAACAUGAGGAAGUAAUCACUGGUGAUAUAAAUCAAAGUUUGCUAAAUGAAAAUAGAUGUGUUUCAAAUAAACUUAUUCCUUCUACUGAUAAGUGUGGGUGCAGACAAGAAAAUUCACAGUUGAUUAAUGAGAGUGAAGAUACACACAUCCUUAAAAACAUGAAAGAAGAGAGCACCCUGUUUAAGAAAUCAGUUUUGCCUCAUGCACUCAAAUAUGGCCAAGGUCAAGCUCACUAUUGCCUUGCUGACUUCUCUAAAGUUGCUUCAGAAGUUAAAGUACCAGAAAGGAGUGACAAUAUUACCUCAGUUCCUACAACGGAAACAGCAAAAUCCUCCCCUAUUUUGCCAAGUACAUCAGUGAUUGAGAAGAACAUUCUAGAUAACAAGAGCUAUUUCAAUUCUGCUGAAGCAGAGAAUCAAGAAGUGAGCAUUCUAGAACUGUUGCAACAGCUAGAGAUACUUCCUCCGUCAGAUUUUCCAAAUGCCAGCAUUGCCAUUUGCUCAGGAGACAGUGGGACAUCCUCUGAAGUCUUUACAUUACAUGCUGCUAUCCCGAUACAAUCUACAUGCGGUUUGUCUAAAGCAAGAUUACAGUGUGGAACAACAGCAGCAGCAUUACCGGCAGCUGGUACAGCAGAAGCACACUGUCUAAAUCCUCCUAAUUUUCUUCCAGAACUAACACUAGGAGAAAAGAUGUCUCAAAUACUAAGGGAUCAGGCAGAUCAACUGAUAAAGAAAGUGGAAGACUUCUCUAAGCAUAUGACCCAAGAGACAUUCCUUUUACAAGAUAACUAUCUGGCAUUAAAUCAAUUGAAAGGAUACCUUGAUACCUUGGAAAGGAAUUACUUAACAGCUAGAGAAGAGCACCGUAAUUUACAGCUGCAGAACUACAAGGACAAGUCUAUCAACAUUGGAGUGUUUGAUCCUGAAAGAAAGGUGGAAAUGGAAAUAUUUAGACUUGGUAUGCUGCUUGAAGACAUCCAAGAACAAACUGAUGACAGCAAAUGGAACUUGUCUUCUUCGCUAACUUCCUGUGAAUCUUCCCAUUCAUCAUAUCCUCUUUGUGAGAGCUCGGUAGUUUCAAGCACUGCUGAUCCUCCAGAAAGAAGAGAUAUUGAAACUGCAUUUCUUCACAAAAACGAGGUAGAAACAAGUCAGACAACUGAUGUAAUUCCACAGACAAAUCAAUUUUCUUUAGAAGGCAACAAGUGCAAUCUUUGUCUUCGCAUGUUACAAAAGAGAGCUGAAUCAACUUCUAGAAGAGCAACAGAGCCUCUGGGAAAAGGUGGUCUGCUAGCAAACAAGCAUUCUUCCAAUGUAAUGAGAUUCCUUUUUCCUGAGGAAAAAUAUGCUGCUGAAGGCCUUUCAUCCCACAGCCAGGGUACAUUAAGUCCAAAAUUUAAUGCUGAUGAAGAAAGUAUGAAAGGAAAUACAAACAUCCAGGAGAGGAAAACUGGAACACGUUCACUCUUCAUUCAGAAAAAACCAACUGAUUUAUCAGAUACCAACCUGACACAGCACAAGACACUAAGAAUAAAACAGAGACCAAAGAGGACACCAAGUAAAAUUCACUUUGGACAUCUCAGGGACAGACCAAGAGGCAACAGACAAGCUGCAACAGAAUUUCCAGAUAGAUGCAGCAAUUCAGAAGACAUCUCAGCCUAUGAUUCUUACAACAAUUCACAAAGUGAGGAACCUGUGAACUGUGAGACUGAAAGGUAUAAAACAUUCAAUACAAGAUUAUGUGGAGAGAGAAAAGGACUUAGCUGCAGAUACCCUAGAGAAAGCAGAGGUCAAUUUAAAGUCAGAAAUUACAAAGACUCUGUUCAGCCUUGUGCCCUCUACAGAAAUAAAAGUUCUGGUUCACCCUCUUAUUCAAAGAAGAGAAUCUCCACUCAAAAGUCUCACAAAAAUAAAGAGCCACGUGAACUUGUAAAUAGACUUUCUGAAAGGCAAAACUCUGAGGCUGCCAAAACCUGCUAUUCAAGCACGUAUGAUAAAAUUAUCCUUUCACAUCAAUACUUACCCAGCAAGAAGCCUGCCCGAAGCAAAUCUGCAAUCAUCAGAAACAGAAAUGCCAGUGAUUCCAAUGUAAAUAUUUUAAGUUUUACUCUGGAUCAUGCCAUACAGACAGCGAACAGUUUGAAGAAAGCUACAGAGCGAAUGGUACGAGCAGUUUCAGAAGAUCUAGCUAAAGUUAAAAGAAAACAGCUUUAAAUAUCCAGCUUUAAAUGCUAUAUUGUGUUGCUGGUUGAUACUAAAGUGUCAGUAUCUCUGCAAAUACAAGAAGUUAAAUACAAAGAUGAGAAAGUCAGCUAGCUGACUUUGCCAGCUGUUCUGUAACUAUCAGUACUAAACUAAACCAGAGCAUAUUGGUAUUCCACAUGUUUACACUCAGUCUCAGAACUAGAAAACUAAUUUCUAAUUCUACUGAAAGUCUUUAGUAUGUUGGCUAACCCCUGCUACCAUGUACAGCUACAUUCUCUAAGCAUUCACUUGAAAGCACUUAAUAAAAAUAGGCUUAAAUAAGCAAGGUUAACUUCCUGACUUUUGAUUUCUCCCCACCCCCAAACAGAAGAAUAAAUCUCAGUCAUUACUACAUAUAUUUUCUUCCCACACCUUAACAGCAGCUCUUUAAGGACAUCAAAGGGAAACAGCCUCCGUACCCGAGACAUCUAUAAGCAUCAUCCUAACAUACCAAGUCAUAGUUAAUAGAUGUAAUUACUUUGUUUUCAGAGUGCCCUGCAUUGAGAGUUGUUUGUUUUUAAGAUACUUCCUUGCAUGUCUCAGUAACUGAGUAAUACCAUUUGUUGUCUACUUAUUCCUUACAAUUAAAUUGUCCGUUUAUUCAG